AUGCUCUUAGAACUUCAAGUGCUGGAUCUCUCUGAGAACUCUUUGACCUCCAUCCAGCGAAGCUUGCGACCCUUGGCGGCCUGUGCGCAGCUGAAAGAUCUGCAUGUGAAAGGAAACCCGCUCGCAAAGGGUGAGGCUCGUGCACUGCUCUCGACGCUGCGACAUCUCUUUCCCAGCUUAGUCACUUUGGACGCUCAACCUCUCCACUUGAGAGGUAGCUCCCGCAGCUCCCACGUGCCGCGGCUGAACGCCGCGCCGCGGCUGGACGCCGCGCCGAACGGCGGACGUGGCGGAUACGCCACGGUCGGUCCGGCGAACUAUGCCAGGUCCACCUGCAGUAGCCUGCGCCGGUCCACCAGCGAGGGCGCGGGUGCCGGAAGAGAAGGACGAGAACGCCCGCCCACCAGCACUCCAGCACCGCGCGGCGGUACGCAGCGCUCGGCGGUACGGCCCAGCCACUUUGCUCCGCCUCCUCGCCCCUGCUCGCCGCCGACCUCGGCGGCCGACGUCAGUGGCGCCACGCAUGGCGAGCGCCUGGACGAUCAGAGGGGUCAGAGGCUGUCUCCGGACGCUCGCUUCCGCGCAUCUCCCGCGCGGGAGAUGCGCGAUGCUGCGGGGCGCCAGACGUUGACGACGAACAGGGCGACGGCGAAAGCUGUGGUACCGCCAAGGACGGUGACCCAGGAGCACCUGGUCCAAUACCGAUGCCUCAUCGAGGAGAAGCGGCGCUUGCUGCGCAAGAUCUCCUCGGAGCUGGGGGACGGCGUGGCCCGGCGCUGCUUCUCCGAAGUGCCGCUGCUGCGGAGGUGA